AUGCUGAAGUUAACUUGGCUAAGCUUAUUUUCACCCAGGUUGUAUAGAAAACAUGGGGAUGGACCAAGUGAUGUUCUAUACCAACCACACAAAUUAGAAAAAUGGGGAGAUGUAGUAAUUAAAACGGUUAACGCAGUGACAAAUAUAAGCCUAUAUACAUCACCAUUUAUUGGCAUGUAUAUUUAUAAAAAAGGACUUUAUACAUUAGAGAAAACACAAAGCAUGGUACCACUUUUUGCUGGUGUUGGCUGGUUUAUAGCUCUCUCAUUUGUUGUAAGAGCUUUGGGCAGGGUAUCGAAUCCGAAAUAUGUUGAAUUUUUGAAGGAUCUGACUAAUACAAGCAUUGACCAGAAAACUUAUUUGCAAUCCAUAAGAAAAUAUGAUUUUGAGUUUAAUAAAUGGCCAGUCUCUUACUCUAUGCCUCCCAAAACAAGCUCCAAGUGGCUGCAGACUAAUCCAUUUGAUCAGUGCGCAAAUAAUGACUUACCUACAUAUCAGAGGGUUGCUAUUCAAGUAUUGGCAUAUGUUGCUGUCCAUACAUUUGGACUCAGACUUAUUUAUCCAGGAACUCUCAGUCUCAUUCAAACUUCCUUAUGGACUAUACUCAUAAUAGGUAGAGCUCAACUGGUCGAAAACUAUAAUGGGAUACGUGCGAAAUUGCAAAGUGCCGAUGGCAAUGCUAUAGACACAAUGUUUGUCGAUAACAGGUCAUUGUCAGACAAAGGAAAAAUUUUAGUGAUAUGCUGCGAAGGAAAUUCAGGAUUUUAUGAAAUAGGUAUUAUGCCUACUCCAAUAAGAGCUGGUUAUUCUGCAUUGGGCUGGAACCAUCCUGGAUUUGCUGGGAGUACUGGUACCCCCUUCCCUUCUCAAGAACAUUCAGCAAUUGAUGUUGUAAUGCAGUAUGCGAUUAAUGAGCUUGGCUUUGAAGUUAAAGAUAUAGUAUUGUUUGGAUGGAGCAUUGGAGGGUAUACAGCAACUUGGGCUGCAGUAAAUUAUCCGGAAGUGAUGGCCUUGGUACUAGAUGCCACAUUUGAUGAUCUCCUGCCAAUAGCUCAGAACCAAAUGCCACAAUCUUGGUCGCGGCUGGUCAAAGAAGUAGUACGUUCCUAUGCUGAUUUAAACAUAGCACAGAUGAUAAGAAAGUACUCUGGGCCCGUACAUCUAAUAAGACGGACUAAAGACGAAGUUAUAUGUCUAAGACAAGGCCUGGUGAAUACAAACCGUGGUAACAGUCUUUUAAUAAAGUUCAUAGAAGCUAGAUAUCCAGAUGUCACAAGUGAAGAGUUGGCUAUAUUGGAGAAGUAUGUCUGUCUCCUAAGUACCCAACGAGCUGCUUUAGAGCGUGGUCAAAUUGGAGAUAGUGACCGUAAAAUAUUGAGAUUGAUCUCAACACACAUGCAAGAUUUUGUUACAACACAUUGCACGCCUCUACCAGAGGACUUCUUUAUGAGAAUAAUGGAUAACAUUACAGCAAACAAGAAGGAGUAA